AUGGCCAUUGUGGAAGCGUUGUCAGUGAUGGCAUCCGCUGCCCAAGAGGCCUUGUCCCUUGUAUGGAUGGAGCUUGCUAUGUUCGGGGUUGCUGCCCUGGUUUACGUGGCGCAGCCCUGCUGCACUUUCAGCACUUCCAGCGGCAGUGGAGUAUGGAGAUGCAUGGAGCUUGAAAGCUGGAGUUUCGACAAGCCAAGGACGAAGACGAAGGGAAAGUUGGCAAACACUUAUGAGGACGCACCGCUCCGGGAAGCCAAGGAAUCCUGGAAGCACUGGGAGCAGGUGAAGAAAGGCCGCGCCGAAUUGACCGGCAGCUUCGGCUCGGGCCUCUACAAGGCUUUGACGGCCAUGCGCCAACUCCGCAAGUCCGGCUCGGAGGUGGAAGAAGAGCUGCGUGCGGCUCUGAAAGGGCCGGCGAGUGCGAAGCUCCUCUCGGAGAUGGAGGCGUUGCCUGCUGCACUGCUCCGUGAUGAUGCCAUCGAUCUUCUUCCGCCGGUUCUGCAAGUUCUUCAGGACUGGGAUAAGCGAGCCGAGAUGUCGACCUACGCCGCGCUGAUGGCUGCCCAGCUACGCCGUCGCGAUUUUGCUGGUGUGGGCGUCACCGCCUCAAAGUUGCCGGAAGACUCCUUGACGCCCAAGAUGCGUGCCAUUUUGGCCGCCGCAGCUGCGCAAAGGGGGAAGCUCGAGGAGGCCCUGAGGCAGCUCGAGCAGCUGCCGGAUGCGGACUCGGGCCCACGCUUCCUCACCCCCUCUACGGCGGGACAGAUACUUUGCCUGGCCAACAAAGAGCAGCGCGGUGCGGAAGUGCAAGCGCAGCUAAAGCGGAUCGGCGUGCAGCCGCUGCAGGACAGCAAGGACAGCAAUGCUGAACUGCAGCGUGCAGUGACAACCAUGAAGGCUUAUGUGAAGAACAAGGACCUGCCCAACGUGACAGCUGUUUUCAAUCGCCUGAAGAAGAACGGUGUUGUGAUGCGGUCCCAAAUUUACAAUUGCUACCUCGAUGCCUGCGUCCAAUGCAGCGACAUUGAUGCAGCCUUGUCCCUCUUUGAGGAGAUGAAGCAGCUCGGCUUCGUGGACGUUGUCAGCUACAACACGGUUCUCAAGGGCUACUUGGCCUCCGGCCGCUUGGGCGAGGCACGGAGUCUCGUGCAGGAGAUGACUUCGCGCGGGCUGGCAGCUAACAAGGUCACCUACAACGAGCUCCUGAACGCGAAAGUGGCUGCCCGAGAUCGCGUGGGUAUGUGGAGCAUCGUGGACCAGAUGCUCCAAGCCGGCCUCAAGGCGAACCUGAUCACCUGCUCGAUUCUCUUGAAGUCGUUGACGCAGCAUUCCGCUGAGACAGACUUGGCUCGGGUUCUGAGCCUGAUUGACAGCGUGGAGGAGCCCAUCGAUGAAGUUCUCUUUUCGUCGAUCAUCGAAGCCUGCAUUCGAAUCAAGAGGUUGGACAGCCUCUCCGACUUCAUCGGCCGAUACAAGGUUAAGGGCCUGUUUAAGAACAUCUCCGCUCCGAUCUACGGGGCCAUGAUCAAAGCCUUCGGCGAGGCCGGUCACCUCCAUCAGGUCCGUGAGCUCUGGGCGCAGCUGCGGCUCGGUUUCAGAUUAAAAGUGACAAAGCGUGUGGUGUCAUGUGGCGAUGGAAAAAUGACGAGGCAGAGCCACAACGUGAAGCCGACGGCUAUCACUAUCGGCUGCGUGGUGGAGGCUUUGGUGAUUAACAAGCAGGGAGAGGAGGCCUGGCAACUCGUCCAGGACCAAUUGCAGUAUGAUGACCGCAAAAGCAUGAUCAACACCGUGGUAUACUCGACCGUGCUGAAGGGCUUUGCGGUCUCCAAACGGAUUGACAAAGUGCUUGCUGUGUACAAGGAAAUGCGAAACAACAACAUUGCCUGCAACACCAUCACCUACAACACAAUGCUGGACGCGUGUGCGAAGUGCAAUGCGAUGGAGAAGGCUUCGAUGCUUUUGGAAGAUAUGCGAGAAACCAACAUCGAGCCUGACAUCAUCACCUACUCCACGAUUAUCAAGGGCUAUUGCCUGAACGGUGAUGUGGAGCGUGCCUUGAGUGUUCUCGAGGAGAUGAGGAGAGACGGCCACUUCCUGCCGGACGAGAUCAUGUACAACUCGAUCUUGGAUGGCUGCACCAAGCAGCGCAAUGUCAGCGAGGCAUUGCGUCUUCUGGAUGAGAUGAAGGCAUCUGGCAUUAAACCCAGCAACUACACCUUGAGCAUCCUUGUGAAGCUGCAGCUUGGAUCUGCACGAGAUCUGCGAUUUGUGAUUGCCGCGCUGGGGAACGCUCGGCGCCUUGGCCAAGCAAUGCAGAUGGUCGAGGAUCUCAGCUCUCAGAACGGGCUGAAGCCCAACAUCCAGGUCUACACCUGCCUGAUCCAUGCCUGCUUCCAGAACAGGCGCUUCGAGAGGGCCUUGAGCGUCUACGAGAAGAUGAUCAAGGAGGGCUGCCGGGCCGACGAAAAGUUCUACGCAGUGCUCGCUCGUGGAUGCCUACAGUUGCACCAGCCAGGGAAGGCCAUGGAAGUCAUCCGAGCAGCCUACAACCUGCCGGGCAGCUCGCUUCCCAGCGGCCCACGAGCGGUCGGAGUGGAAGGCUUAGAGGAGCUGCUUCAGAAGAUCGGCAAGGAGGAGCAGGAGGCUGCUGAUGAGCUGACCCAAGAGUUGAAGAAUUAUGGCGUGCAGACUGCUGGAGCGAAGUCUUGGAGCAGUGCACGUGUGGCGGGCGGGCCCAGCCGGGAGCGCCGCCGCGGCGGACGAUGA